AUGAAAAUAAUCGCAAAAUACAGCGCUAUCUUAGAACCGGUUACAAAUGUUUUACAAGGUGUAUCAAUGGAGCUUUAUAAAGUUCGGGAACAUGUAGAGGAAUUGUUAAAAAUGUUAGAAGACAAUAGAACAAAUGCAAAUGAAAUCUUUGAUUUAUUAUUUACUGAUGCCAAAUCUAUAGCAGAUGAUUUUGAAAUCACUAUUACAUGUCCCAGAAUAACUGGAAAACAAUCACAUAGAAACAAUUAUUCUUAUGAAUCAUCCAAAGAUUAUUAUCGAGUAUCAAUUUUUCUACCUUAUCUAGAUUCAAUAAUUCAGUGUAUGAAAGAAAGAUUUGAAAAAAGUAAUAGUGUUGCUUUUUCACUACAACACCUUCAUCCAGCAUUAUUUAUAAAAAUGAAAAAACAAGAGUGCACUGACAGCAUAACUAAUAUUUAUAAUUUUUAUAAAAUUGAAAAUCUGUUAGCUGAAAGUGAAAACAUUUUUCUGCCUUUGCCAGCUACAAGUUGUGCAGCCGAAAGGUCAUUUAGCACUUUACGAAGAGUUAAAACUUGGCUUCGAUCUACGACGGGUGAAGACCGAUUAAAUGGCCUAUGUAUGUUAAGUGUCCAUCGUGAAAGAGUUAAUAUAAGAAAAGAUAAAUUAAUUGAACAGUUAAUAACAAGGUUUGCAAGAGAACAACCACGAAGACUUUUUUAUUUAAUAACGAAUAAAUAG